AUGUUCCGAGGAUCUGUUCAGACUUCUUUUGGUGUAUGUCAAUCAUAUUUCAAAAAUUAUCCUGGAAAUGAAACAUGUUCAAUUAUUACACGAAGCCUAUUUACGUUUCCGGUAAGUGAAAACUAUUCAAUUAGGACGGGUGUAAGAGCCUGCCGCCAAUAUUCUAGUCGGCGGAAGUACUCUACAGCAAAACGGUUUUUGAGUCACAUUUCAUAUCACUUGUCUCAAGGGAAAAGCCUGUCAGGCUCAUCUCAUUCCGCGUCCAAUAUACUACCCUCUUUUUUCUCCGUAAACGAGCAAUUGCAGACGUUGCUGCGGAAUCCUCCCUUUCAAAAUCUUCAUAUCAAGCUUGAUGAACUAAAAUAUGAUGAAUGUUUUUCUAAUCUAACACCCAGCCCCGAUAAAAAAGUUUCAUUUGCUCCUUCUACCGUUAAUUUUGCUUCUCCCGAUCCUCUUCUUUCCGACAGUCCAACAAAUCCCCAUCCACCUUCUUUUGUUCAGCCUCAUCCUCCAUUUCACGUUUUUGCCGCCCCCAUAUUAGAUGUUCGUUCCUUAACCAAUCCUGGCGCUAUAAAGCGUACAUACAAUAUCACAUUAGAUAUCUCAAAAUACCCUUUGAAAGAAGGAAAUGAUUGGAAGAUUGGUGGAUCCUUUGGUGUUAUGCCACCUAAUCCCGAUAAUGAAAUAUUCCGUUUAGCUCAUCUGCUGAAUCUCCCUUCAAACGAUUUGUAUGCCCCCAAAACCCUCUAUACUUCUGGUGGACGAUGGCCCACUAUUUGGGGAGAGGAAAAACCUCGCUCAUUGACAACUUCUAUUUAUCAUAUACUAAAAUGGUGUUCAGAUUUUCUUUCAAGGCCGCCGUCCAAAGAUCUCUAUCGCCUUUUAGCAAAAUAUUCAAAGAAUCCGGUUGAGCAUCAUAUUCUCCUUGGACUUUCGAAUUGUUCUCAAAAUAUAUGUUCUGAAAAUGUUUCAGUUUUAGACAUUCUGGAAGCAUUUCCGAACUCGCGUCCAUCCAUAGAUGAAGUUAUUUCACUGCUCCCUCAGUUAAUGCCAAGGUGGUACUCUAUAUCCAAUGACCCUGAUCUCGGAAAUGGAGUCUUGGAAAUGGCAUUCACGGUACAAGAGUUUACUGGUCCGGGUGGUCAGACACGUACCGGUGUUUGUUCUGGGUUUCUAGAGAAUGUGGCUUUGGAUUAUCUUAAAUCUGUGCAAAGUGACACCUCAAAAAAUAAAAAGUUCGCGUUACCGAUGUUUCGUGGUGUUCAGCAAAAUCCAUUUGCAAAGGAAUUCCACAACGACGGACCAAUGUGCCUGAUAGGUGCAGGAGUUGGUAUCGCUCCAUUUCGUGGUUUUGUUCAAAGACGUCUUGCAAACGCAGCCUGUACAGGAAAGGUUUGGAUUAUCCAAGGGUGCCGUGAUCAAACAUUGGAUGAACUCUACCACGGCGAAUGGAACACCAUACCUGGACAUCACACCAAUCCAAAGUGUCGUGCGAAAAAAUUGGUAGUUGAAUCGAGAAAUGGAAAACGUGAGUAUGUUCAGGACGCAGUUCGCAGACAUGGAAAAGUUAUUUGGGACGUCAUAAAUCAUAAGAAUGGUCGUAUUUAUCUUUGUGGUUCCGGAAAGGCCUUUGCCCUUGAAAUUGAAAAAGCUAUCAUGGACGUUACCAUGAAAUAUGGUGGUUGUACAAAAGAGGAAGCAGCUCGUCAACUAAAGUAUUGGCAAAGCCCGAUAAAUUACAAGUUUGUCAAAGAAGUCUGGUAA